CGUACCUGGACAGAAAUAUCUCGAUCAAAGUUGUACGGUUUUACAUGAAGGUUGUUGGUUUUUGGUACGCUGAAACGAAACGUGAAAAAGGGAUCCUCGUCGCUACUCUGAUUUAUACAGUAGCGGCACUUAUUUUCGCCAUUGCCGUUGUGGGGGUUGAUUUAUACCAUAUUUGGGGUGAUCUUUACGAGGUCACGGAAGUUCUCGCCGCCGUCAUUCCGGUAAUUAGUAGCAUUAUAAAAUUAUCUAUCGCUAUCGUAAGACGAAAUGAAUUGAUCGACUUGAUUGUGUUUUCCGAGAAAAACUUCUGGAAUGUAAAAUACGACAAUUUUAGCCAGCGUAUACUAAAGCAAUGCGAAAAAAGGAGCAUCAUUGUGCUGGGCAGCAUGACCUUUACUGUUCAAGGAACGGUGAUCUCUUACUUGAUAAAGCCGUUGAUCGAAAACUACAGGUUAAAUGGCACCGAUAGAGUACUGCCGUUCAGGCUUUACGUCGAUUUGCCUUUAUCUGUGACACCGUACUACGAAAUUACUUACUUGAUUGAGAGCCUGUCUACCAUACAUACGGGAAUUGUUUUCCUCUGCUUCGACAACUUGCUGAGUAUAUUCAACGUACACGUCGUUGCACAAUUCAAAAUUUUGCAGCAUAGAUUAGAGACGUUGUGUGAUGAAUGUGUACACCAUGUAAGUGAUGGGAUUCCAGUGACUCGGGAUCCUCAUGUAGCAGCGAAUGAAAAAUAUUCGGAGGACAUUAUUGGCAAAAACGUUAUUUUGAAAACACCGACCGAUUGUGUAAAAUCUAGAAUACAGGAAAACCAUGCGGAUCUCGGUAAAACAGUGAACGAUAAGUUGAAGGCAUGCGUAAAGCACCAUUUAUUCCUGUUCGAUUACAUCGAAAGACUGGAACACGUCUUCAAUCGGAUGCUUAUUUGUCAGAUAGGAGUGACUAGUUGCCUCAUAUGCUUCGCAGGAUUCGAAACUUUUUUGGCUGGACGCCCGGUAUUCAUUUUUCACUUUUUGGGGGGUGUCUUCCAAACCCUUAUUUUUACUUGGACCUGCAACGAAAUAAGCCUCGAAAGUGCGAAAGUUGGCGAAGCUACAUUUCGGUCCAAGUGGUACUUGAUGCCAACCUCCGAGGCAGGAACGUCUCUUCGCAACAGUCUGAUGCUGAUCACGAUACGAUCGCGUCGAAACUGUUGCUUGACUGCUGGAAAAUUUCACGCAAUAUCCUUACAAACCUUCACAAAUAUCAUGAGGACAAAUUUAUCUUACUUGUCAGUACUGCGACAAAUGAGCGAAGAAACUUGAGUGGCACUUCAAAGAUCGACGACAACAAAUCAAACCUUACGUUGCUUAUGUCGCAAGUAGUCAAUUCGAGCAUCGAAUAAAUGCAAAGAAUU